AUGCCAGGAGAUAAUUGCUCGGUGUAUGGUUGUGGAAAAUCUCGGAGAUCUAAAGGAAUCGGGAUCUUUAAAGUCCCAAAUCGUCCUUCGAAGCCCUACCAGGAGUGGCGGGCUGCAUGGCUGAAUGAAUUAAAAAAGCACAGAGAACUGGAUGCAAAUUUUAAAAGGCAAAUAGAACAGGACACAGUUCACACCUGCGAAGAACACUUCCACCCACAUGAGAUAGAAGUUUCUGUUGGAACAAAAAUCAAAAAGAGGUUUGGAGCAUUACCAACUUUAAAGAUGCCAAAAAAGAGUUGCGAAACCCCAAAACCAAGAGAAAGAGAGGCAAGGACCAUUGUGAAAGACCAUGUUGCUGUAGCAAAACAUUGCUAUAAAGAUUUCAAAGAUGUCAUCAAUAGAGUUUCAAGCCUAAAGGCUUUGGAGGGCUGGUCUGUAAACAUUAAAGAAGAUCGCAUUGUUUUGAAAAAAGUCGAGGAAUUUACUCUUAUCCCCAAAUAUGAAAUCACAAUUGAUGUUGGCUUGGCAUUCUUUGUAUCAGUCUAUGGCUGGUUUUUGCGGGAAAACAAUCCUAUUUACACAAAGAAUUUUCGGUCACUGCGCAACAUUUUCAUAUCAAACCUGAUUAAAGAUAUAGAAGGUUAUCCAAUUUGCAACGGAAAUUCGCCGAUAGAUAUUUCGGGCAAUGUGGUGAAUCAUGUGAUACCAACUUAUCAAGAUCCAUUAUCUAUGGAUGAAAGCUCUAAGCAGUAUCCAAGAAAAGAGUACUGGUGCUCCAUCUGGUGCAGUAUCAUUUCUCCAGGUGAGCAGUGUUUACCAUGUGCACAGCAAGCUGCAAAAGCCAAUAAAUCACAUGAAUUAAAGUCAAAGAAUCUUCAUGGAAAGAUUGUGUGGAUCAUAGGCCUGGGCAGUUUACAGAAAAUGGUAAAGCAAAAAUGUUUCGAUCAAGACAAACUUACGAGGGAUUGCAAAUAA